AUGAUCGAAUAACCUUAAGGUCCAAUUCCAAGAGAAAUAGCAAAAUGGUUAGAUUCAUUAGACUUGGCAUAUUAGGUUCGUAAUUUCAGGAGAGAUUUAGCUAAUGGGUAUGAUCAAAUCCUACAGUAGUUUCAUUGUGGCAGAAAUAUUAUCUAGGUACUAUCCCAAAGAAGUUAAUAUCUACACUGUAUAUAAUGAAUAAAAUCUUGAUAAAAAGCGCGAUAAUUGGGAAUAGAUUUCAAAGUUAUUGAAAAAAAAAGAACUUCAAGUUCCAUAAGAAGAAUAUGAACCAAUUUAUUAUUAAGCACCAGAUGCAGCGUAAGCAUUCCUUUUUAAACUCUUUGAAUUUUUAACUAAAAAGAAAAUCGGAACCAUAUUUCCUGAUAAAGACAAUAGAGAUAUGAAAAAGCAAGUUAAAUAAUAAGCAACUUUGCAAAGAACAAAACCAUUAACUGUUUAACCUACAUAUGCAAGACCAACUGCUAAUACAGUUAUUAAAGAUAGAGAGAUUACAAGAGUUGUUGAUGAAAAUGAGAGGAAAAUGUUAACUAAAUAAGCUAUUGAAGAACAUGUUGAUAAAGUUAGAAGUGAUAAAAAAGAUGAUAAUAUAAUUGAAUAUUUAAUUCUAAAACGAAAAAAACAAAUUGAAGAAGAAAUUAAAAAAUAAGAAGAAGAAUUACUUAAAAAAUAAAUGAAAUUUAAUAAAAAACUUGUUAAUUUAGAUUAAUCAAUUUCAUAAACAGGAUAAGAUGUUAAAGAAAUUUAAAUCAAUUGUUAUCAUAGUAGUACUAGCAAAAAAGCAAAAGAAUAAUAAGGUUAAUUAUUAGAAACAAAAGGUGUAAUUGAUUUUUUACAUGAAGCAUGUGCCUCAUUAUUUAAAAAAGAUCCUAUUAAAAAGGAUAUCUAAGAUUUAAAACUUGAACCUAAAGAAUCUUAAUAAAAUAAUGGUUUUUAAGUUAGUAAUUAGAAUGUUUAAUAUACAGCAGUUAUUUAAUAACUCUUUUAAAGAUGCGAUGAAGUUUAAAAAAAGUCUUUAAAAUUACUAUUAACAUAAUUUAUAGAUGUUCAUUCAUAAUUAAUACUAGAAUAAGUCUAGAGUAAUUUUAUAGGUAAAUUUUAGUAAUAAUUUAGAUUUUAAACGAUUCUUUUAAAUAUUUCUAAGACCUAUAUAAGUCUUGAAACCUACAUCAAAAACUUAUUAAUUAAUUUUAGAUUUAAUUAGAUUUAUUGGAUCAAAAUUAGUAGAAAUAGAUCCAAAUGAUACAUAAAUGAUGUUUGAAAGCAUUUUAUUAGAUUAGCUUUUGUAAAUAGCACUAAGAAAUCCAAAGAAGAGGGAAGAUAUUGUAUAACUAUUUUUUAUAUUUACUCCAAUAAAUUGUGUUAAUAGAACAUAACUAUUAAAAAGUAUUAAAAGUAAAUUAUCUACUGAUCUUAAUUCAUUCACUCUAAUAUUAAGUAUUUUGAUAUAAUCUGAUUAUCCUAGUCAAGAUGAAGAAUUGUAUAGAUUUUUUUUAAAUUAUGCAUUUAAUUCAUUAGAUUCUCCCUCUCCACUUACAAGAGCAAAUGGUUUGAGAAUAAUUAAUUAAAUUUCUAGUUGGGAUUAUUUUCCAGUUUUGUAAAAAAUAAAUCGAAUUUAAAAAUUGAUGAAUGAUUCUUGGUGGGAAGUCAGAGCCUAAGGAAUGUGUAUAUGUGCUGAUUUACUAUUAUAAAUUGCUGAAAAUUCUAUUCAAAAUAUUGAUGAUUAAGAUAUAACUAUUGAUUUUUAAUAAUCUAAAUAAUUGUUAUUAGAUUUGAUUUAUUAAGUAUUUGUUGUUUCAACAACACCAAAUGUAAUUAGAAUUGGAUUAAUUUAUCUUGCUCCUGUUUUACAAAUGUAUUCAGAAUUGUGUCCUAGAUAUUUAGAGAUUUUACUAUCAGUAGAUUCAGAAAUUAGAAUUUCAGUUUUAAAUACUUAAUAAGAAACCUUAAUUCAAUAAGUAGUAAAUGGUUGUAAUUCUUUUCGAUACAAAAUAACAGGAGCUCCUAUUGUUUGGAAUAGUGUAGGAAUUGCAUAAGCUAUGGAUGUAUAUGUAAAAGAAAAAGUCUUAUAAGAUUUCAAACAUGAACAUUUAGAAAUCAUUUAUGGGUGUUUGCAUAAAUAAUUAUUAUAAUCUGAUGGUGAAAUUUGGCUUAAAAUAUUCGAGAAUACUAAAUAACUUUUAUUCUUGGCUUUAUCAAAUGAAGAUUUAUGUUAAUUAGCUUAAGUUAUUCUACAAAAGUUCUUUAUGUUUUAGACUAUUCAAUAAUAAGUUUUGGAUAAUUCAAAUGAAAUAUUCUAAAAAAUGUUAAAAUUGAUCUAUCAUCCUGAUGUACAUCUAAAAUGUAAGGAGAAUCUUUUAGAAUUCUUUACAUUCCUAUAAUAGCAAGGAGUAUUUUAUUUAAUAUUAUAUAUUUAGUUCUAAAAUUAUUGCUAUAAUAUUAUCAAACAAUUUUCUGAGAAACAUAAGAAUAUGUUCUUAAGUAGUAAUUUGGUUGAAUUCAUGAAUAGUUUAGCUAAAGAAAAAAGAAGAGAUAUAUUGGGUGAUGAGAAUUAUUGA